AUGACAGACAGCGUCGGCUUCAUCGGCCUCGGCAUCAUGGGCGAGGGGAUGGCAAAGUGCCUCCUCAAGUCGGGCCGCAAGCUGGUCGUGUGGAACCGCUCCGCCGGCAAGUGUGCCGCUCUGUCGGCGGACCACCCGGGCGCGGUGACGGCGGUCGACAGCCCUUCGGCCGUCCUCGCCGCCUGCGACCUGGUCUACUGCAUGCUCUCCACGCCAGACGCGGUCAAGGCCGUGUACGAGAUGGAAGGCGGCGUGCUCGCGGGCGUGCGCGCCGGCACCAAGCUGGUGGACUGCGCGACGCUCGCCGCGGAGGACAUGGUGCGGCUGGAGAAGCAGGUGACGGAGCGCGGCGGCCGCUUCCUCGAGGCGCCGGUCUCCGGCUCCAAAGGGCCCGCCGCGUCCGGGCAGCUCAUCUUUCUGACGGCGGGCGACGAGCCGCUCUUCGAGGAGAUCAAGGGCACCGACCUCGAGGCGAUGGGCAAGGCCUCCUUCUUCUUCGGCGCGCCGGGCAAGGGCGCGCGCAUGAAGCUGGUCGUCAACAUGGUGAUGGGCACCAUGAUGGCCUCGCUCGGCGAGGGGCUCGCGCUGUGCGGCGCGGCGGGCAUGGACUGCGAGCAGCUGCUAAAGGUGCUCGACCUAGGCGUGAUGUCCAACGGCAUGUUCCGGCUCAAGGGGCCGAAGAUGGUCCAGUCGGACCACGCGCCAAACUUCCCGUUGCAGCACGCGCAAAAGGACAUGCGGCUCGCCGGCGAGCUGGGCGCGCAGCUCGGGCUCGGGCUGCCGGUGGCGGCGGCGACCAACGCCGCGAUGCUGGCGGCGCGCGAGCAGGGGCUCUCCGACGAGGACUUCUCGUCCGUCUACGAGGCGCAGAAGAAGACCAAGCCCUGA